GUGUAUUCUAUUAAUUUUAUAGUAAUUUAAAGAUUAAGAAGUCUUAACUAAAUAUGGCUGCUGGAAUCAUUGUGAUAAUCACUGUCAGUGAUACAUGUUACAAAAACCCGUCCAAUGAUAUUUCAGGACCAACUCUUGUUGAGCUUGUUAAAGGAUUGUUUCCCCAAUCUAUAAUUCAAACAACUAUCAUUCCUGACGAAAGGAAAAUAAUUGAAGAUAAGCUUAAAGAAUAUUGUAAGAAGAACUCUGAUUUAAUUAUAACUACUGGUGGUACAGGAUUUAGUAACAGAGACGUAACACCAGAAGCAACUAAAGCAGUAAUUGAAAAAGAAGCGCCAGCAAUAUCAGUGGCAUUAACAAUUGAAAGUUUAAAAAAAACUCCAAUGGCAAUGGUUUCACGUUCAGUAAGUGGUAUAUGUGACCAAACACUCAUUAUAAACUUUCCGGGCAGUAAGAAAGCUGUAAUAGAAUGUUUCGAAGUUGUUAAGCCUAUAUUGCAUCAUGCAAUAGAGAUUAUUAAAAAUGAUACAAAGAAAGUUAAAUCUGUUCAUGAUUUAAUGCAGGGUCACAUUUGUCCACAUAAACUAAGUAGUGUAGAUGUAUCAAAAGUAGCUUUAAGACCUAGAGAAUCUCCGUAUCCUAUGUUAGAAAUGUCUGAAGCGUUUAAUAUAGUUGAUUCCGUAAUGAGUCAGUGGGUUGGAACCACACAUAAAGUUAAUAUAGAAAAUGGAUUAGGUUGUGUUGUGGCUGAAUCUAUUUAUGCUAAAGAACCAAUGCCACCAUUUCCAGCAUCUAUUAAAGAUGGUUACGCCUGCAUCAGUUCGGACGGUGCGGGCAUCCGAUGUGUCCGCGCGACGGUGACAGCCGGGGACAGUUUUGACCUGCCGCUGCAGCCCGGAGAAUGUGCACGUAUUAAUACUGGUGCUCCACUGCCGCCCGGCGCCGAUUGUGUAGUACAGGUGGAAGAUACGAAGCUUAUUUCGGCAACGCCAGAUAACGAAACAGAGCUAGAAGUUGAAAUACUCGCAGCACCGAAGCCACAGCAGGACGUGAGGCCCAUCGGCUUCGAUAUCGCUUUGGGUGACCCUCUAGUUAUUGAAGGUGCGGUGUUAGAUGCAGCGUUACUUGGUGUGUUAGCAGGAGCGGGAUAUCAGCAAAUCAGAGUCAGAACUAGACCUGUGGUGGCAAUAUUGUCUACUGGCAAUGAGCUCCAAGACCCAUCAGAGGUGAUACUCAAGCCGGCGCACAUCCGCGACUCCAACCAGACCAUGCUGAAGGCACUCCUCGAAGAGCACGGCUACACUAGCGUGUGUAUGGGCGUGGCUCGCGACGAGGCGGGCGCGCUGCGGGCGAGCGUGGCGGACGCGCUGCGCACAGCAGACGUACUCGUGUGCACAGGCGGAGUGUCCAUGGGUGAAAGGGACCUGCUCAAACCUGUGCUCACACAAGACUUUAACGCGACGUUACAUUUUGGACGCGUGCGCAUGAAGCCCGGCAAGCCGAGCACGUUCGCCACCUGUCAGUACGAAGGGAAAACUAAAUACAUUUUCGCUUUGCCCGGUAACCCAGUGUCGGCUUAUGUAUGCUGUUUGUUAUUUGUGAUACGCGCAUUACGCGUCUGCGAGCGUCGCAGUGCAGAGUUCCCGCGCAUGCGCGUGCGCCUCAACAAACAGUUAGCACUCGACCCAAGACCUGAGUACGUGAGAGCAGUACUCAAGUUCUCUGAUGGUUUACCAUCAGCCGAAGUCUUGGGAAAUCAGUGCAGCAGUCGUUUGCUGAGUGCUUGUGGUGCGAGCGUACUGUUAGAACUGCCACCAGCUGACAAAGAUCUGCGUUCUUUAGCCGCCGGUACUCUAGUGCCGGCCAUUAUCACUGGUCGAAUGGAUCUUAAUUGAUAUAUAUUUUCAUAUACAUACUUGCCACAAAUUUAUAUGUUUGGAUGAAGUUCAACUUACAUUGGUUAAAAAAAAUGGUUUAUGGUUUAU